ACAAACCCGCACCCUUAUUCGCACGUUCUCCAUCGAUUGUCACAGUGGUCGUGGGUUCCAAAACGCGUGAUGUCUUUGAUUGUUUUUCGACUUGAACCUGGCUCAAGCUGGGUACGGUGAUCUAUGCGGCGGCCUGACAAGGCCAUCGAUGCGGCGGCAUCGGGGAACCGAUUUAGCCUGACUGACAUCGAUUAGUAUUGGAGAGAAUGAGCGAGAGGAAGUUUACGCGCGGCCUGGGCAAGCCCGGUAUGGCGGCACAGCUACGGGAAACAGUAUCUCAGGUCGUUCGGGAAAGUACCGUACAGAAUAAACCCCAUCUAGUUGAACCCAUUGACUUCGAAAAUUUCGUCCUAAAGAAUAAGACAUUGUUGCAAAACGAUCCUCAACGAGAACUGCUACUAUACCCCCAAGAUGAUAUUUCUCAAGUGGUUCUGCCGAGAAGAUAUCGUAGCAUCGUGCCAACGGCGCAGCAGGUUACAGAAUGUGAGGAAGGAGCCGAAAAUCUCCUGACGAAAGAAUGUUUACGUAGCUAUACAUCAAAUUGGAGUCUUGUGCAUUAUAAAUAUUUGGCAUAUAGCGGAACUUAUCUCGAAUUGCCAAGAAUAGCGAAAGCGGAUGAUCUUAAAGACGAAGUGUAUGAAAUCGAUACUGAAGUAGAUCAAGUUGACGAGGAUUUAACAAAAAAUGAUGGCAUAACGAAGGAAGGUUAUUUGAUGAAAGGUCCUGAGAGUGGUAGUACAGAUAGAAUGUUCGCGCAUAUAGGCUCGAAAUCAUUUAAAAGACGCUUCUGUCAUCUCAGGCAAGAAGUUGAUGGCACUUAUAUACUCGAAUUUUUCAAAGAUGAAAGAAAAGGAGAGGCAAAAUUGACAAUAGUGAUGGAUUUUUGCACAGAAGUUGUCAGAAAUACAAAACGUGGUAAAUACAGCUUUGAGCUUCGAAUGAGUGGUACUCACAAAUCAUACACAUUGGCCUCAGAAAAUGAGGCCGAUAUGCAAGAUUGGAUAUUGAAGCUCAAUUCUGUUCUACAACAUUACAAACAGCAAGAAGAGAAACGUGCUGCUUCGUUAGAAAGAGCUUGCAAUACACCUCUGCCAUCGCCGCAGCCAAUGCAGGUUUACGGCACAUUAAAAGGACUGGAACAAAGUAUGAAUCCCCAAUUGAUAAAGUAUUCUAGGGAGACUGACACUAGCAUUGCUUUAGCGAGGAGAGAGAACAGAAAAAGACUGUUCAGUGUGUACCCUCACAUAGCCCAUAUCAAGACGCAACCAAGCCCAUCGACUGAUCAUAACGUGGAUCCCUAUAAAGAACAAUUUGGUCACAGGAUUUUCGUUAAAUGUGAAAGUCUUAAAUUUAGAUUACAAGCACCGAUCGACGAAAAGGAAUCUCUCUGUCAGGUGGAGCCUUAUCACACGACAUUGAGUCUUUUUGAUGCGAGGAAUGGCAGAAAACUCACAGAGAAUUUCCACUUCGAUGUCAAUCAUGAAAUCGUGCGAGACAUGGUAAGAGAACUGAGUCCUACGGGAAUCAUGACAGAGACAGAGGAUAUUACCCUUCUUGAAGAACUGAAGAGUAUUCCUUCAGACUGGAUUAAAUACCCGAAACAGGCCAUAUUCAAUAUCAGUAAUCCUCAUCCGGACAUAUUUCUUGUCGUAAGGAUAGACAAAGUACUUCAGGGGAACAUAUACCAGACAUCAGAGCCAUAUUUAAGAGCUACCAAGGAUCCAAGAUUGGGUUUGAAAGUACAUAAACAAGUCCGAGCUUGUUGCCAAAGACUAGGAAAUUAUAGGAUGCCAUUUGCGUGGGCUGCAAGACCGUUGUUUAGGUUGUAUAGCAACGAACUAGACACAUCCUCGGAUUUCCCGGCAAUAUAUAGACAAGACGGUAACAAAAUUAAGGAUGAAGAACUGUUAAAACUCCUUUCGGAAUAUAGAAAGCCUGAAAAGCUUAGCAAAUUGACUGUGAUACCUGGCUGGUUGAAAAUAAAAAUCGAGCCUAUUACAGACAUCUCUGAAAAUACAUUGUCGACUUGCCUAGCACCAUUAAAGCCAUUUCCGAUCCCUCCAACGACGGAGCCAACAAUCGAGGUCGCAGAGUUUGAAAGCACUUCCGAGAGAGAAGUGCAUCCGUACACGACAUACAUCAAUCAUCUCUAUGUGUAUCCGCAGACGCUUUGCUUUGAUGCUCAGAAGAUGUUUACUCGAGCUAGGAACAUAGCGUGCAUAGUGGAGCUCCGCGACGACGACAGUGAGAAUGUUGUGCCUUUGCGAGCGAUUUAUGGGAGACCAGGUUCACCGUUAUUAUGUCUGCGAAUGUCGUGCGCAGUUUUGCAUCAUAACGCAGUGCCUUCUUGGUACGAAGAAAUUAAGAUGAAGUUACCCACGAAACUGCACGCGAAGCACCAUAUACUAUUCUCCUUUUAUCAUAUAAGCUGCGACAUGAACAAGAAAAAAGAGAAUGGUGUUGAAAACUGCGUCGGUUAUGCUUGGGCACCAUUGCUGCAUAAAGGAAGACUGAACGUGGAUAUAGAGUCGAAUAUCCAAGUACUGCCUGUAGCGACGCAUUUGCCAGCAGGAUACCUUUCCAUACAACCCCUUGGGCUGGGGAAAGGGGUAAGAAACGCGGGACCAGAUAUUACUUGGAUUGAUUCUCAACGACCAAUCUUCACGGUAUCUUUCCAAUUAAUUUCAACGGUGUUCACAAGGGACCUUCAUCUGCACAAUCUUUUUGUCCACGCUGAGCGCAUACUCGACACGAAACCCUCAGCGACGCCCUCGGAUUCGGAGACUUGCAAGAUCUUAAAGGCGGCACACGCGGUUCAACUAGUCACCGUUAUCACAUUUCUGCCUACCAUACUAAAUCAAUUGUUCGUGUUGCUUACGUACAAUACCAGUCAAGAGAUCGGGCUCUACGUGAUUAGGGUCUUAAUACACUUUAUUAACAUGGUACAAGAAGCCGGCCGCAAAGAAAUUCUACAAGCAUACAUUAAGUUUGUAUUUGUGCUGCCUCCGCUACGAAACGGUAACUCCACGGUACACGAACAACUGGCCAAGUACUUGCCAGUUUUGCUGCAGCCAAGCAACACCGAUUUUCUGGUGGUGAACAAGUUUAUGCAUCAUUCAAACUUCUUUUUCGAGAUAAUAAUCAAAAGCAUGGCGCAGUAUCUACUCAGUACCGGUAGAAUCAAGAUGCACAGAAACGAACGAUUCUCAAAGGACUAUCAUGAGAAAAUCAAGACGUUACUAGACGUGAUUAUGCCAUAUCUAAUGACCAAGUACAAAGAAAUGCCGGUGGAGACACACGAAUUGAAUAAAAGUCUUGCGCAAUUUUUAAAGCGAUGUCUCACGUUUAUGGAUCGGGGCUUUGUAUUUCGCCUCAUCAAUUCCUACUUGGACAACUUCUCGCCCGGUGAUCAGCGCACGCUGCAUGACUUCAAGUUUACUUUUCUACAGAUUAUCUGCUCUCAUGAACACUACGUGUCUUUCAAUUUGCCGAUGAUGCAGUCGCGCCUUGCUUCUCGAGAUACCGACAAUGACGCUGAGAGAGAACCAGAAUGCGAUGAUUUAAUGAACGAGUAUUGCCUUACGGAAGAAUUCUGCAAACAUCAUUUCUUAGUUGGUCUUCUAAUGCAAGAAGUUCGAGCUUCUCUCAAUGAAAUCGUGCAAAUUCGUAAAGUAGCUAUAGGCACUUUACGAGAUUUACUGGCAAAGCACGAAUUGGACGAUAGAUAUCAAAAUAAGGGUCAAUUGAGUAGAAUAGCAUCGAUUUAUAUACCGUGGCUGGGCGUUGUACUGGAAAAUUUGCAACGAUUGCAAUCGAUACAGGACGAGACCAAAACGGAUACUAAACAGAAUAGUGCAAGCAGAGUGUCAACCAGUAGCUCGUUUUUGACAGUAAAAGAUACUAUUUCUCUUAAUGCCACAAGCUCAGGCACACCCAAGUCUCUCCACAGAUUGACUCUUCAUCUGGAAACUCAAUCACCCGUAAGAACAUCUAUGCACCUUCGGGAUUCUACUUACUUCGCUGCCAUCGCGGGUCAAGGAUUAGUAAAUGGAUAUUCUUGCGCCAGUGUCGAAUCUGAUACCUCGACUGUGUCUGGCGCAUCUCAAUCCAACAUUUCCCAGGAGACUACCAUCAUUAGAGAGUUGGCGGAAAAUGGAACAGGCGAGAGGAAGAGACACUCGCGCACCUUGAGCGUCACGCAGUCACUACCCAGGUGCGAUAAGUUGCAACCAUCAGAAGUGAAGGAUAUACUACUCUGCUUUCUGUUUGUUGUCAAGUAUUUGGGUGAUCACCAAGUGAUCGCUUGGUGGCAACAAUGCAACGAUUCGGAAAUACUGAGCUUCUUCACAGUGAUUGAGAUGAGCUUGCAUCAUUUCAAAUAUAUCGGUAAGAGACAAAUAGCCGCUAACGCUGCAAGCUCUUUGGGAAAACCCCGUACUGUCAAAGCAAUGACUCUACCGGCCAGGAUGGCGCCUCCAGACUUUACGACUGAAAGUACAGCUACCAGCACAUUACAACCUCACAAUACAGUUACUAGAGAAAAUCUCGUUGAAAAUGAUAGUGGCAAGGUGUAUCAAGUUUUACUAGAAGCAAAUAUGGCAACAGAAGUCGGUCUUAUAACGUUGGAUUGCUUAGGACUUUUUUGUAUCCAUUUUAAAGAUAUUCUUUUGGCGAACGAGGGUGAAAAUCCAGUUAUGCAAAAGCUAUUCAACAUUUAUUUGUCGUUCCUUCAAGUCGGACAGUCGGAAACGUUAUUACGCCAUGUCUUCGCUGGAUUUAGAGCUUUUUUAAAUAAUUAUUCAAUCGCACUUUUCCAAGGCAAUGCUGUGCUUUGCGGACGCUUGUGUUACGAGUUGCUGCGUUGUUGCAACAGCAAAUUGAGCUCUAUACGGCAGGAGUCCUGCGCUUUGCUAUAUUUGUUGAUGCGAAGUAAUUUUGAGUUUACCAGUCGGAAAGGAUUGACUAGAGUGCAUUUGCAGGUGAUAAUUUCAGUCUCUCAAAUGCUGGGGAAUGUAAUCGGCUUGAAUAAUUCGCGAUUUCAAGAAUCGCUGUCCUUGAUCAAUAGUUACGCUUCCUCAGACAAAGUUAUGAAAGGUACAGGUUUCCCAGUUGAAGUUAAGGACCUCAACAAAAGAAUCCGUACGGUCUUAAUGGCAACUGCGCAAAUGCGGGAGCAUAAUAAUGAUCCUGAGAUGUUGGUCGAUUUACAACACAGCUUGGCCAAUUCGUACGCUAGCACGCCUGAAUUGAGACAUACCUGGUUAGAAACGAUGGCUAGAAACCAUGCCAGGGAUGGAAACUUUUCAGAAGCUGCUUGUUGCCAACUACAUAUCGCAGCAUUGAUGGCUGAAUAUUUAAAACUGCGAAAGGUUCAUCCAUGGGGUGCGGAAGCUUUCGAUCAAAUUUCUGUGAACAUUUCGAAGGACGAGUGUAACCUUAAGCUCGAUGCUGGUGUUCAAGAUAUUCAUUAUAAUGAGUGUUUACUUCUCGAGCAGUUGGAAGUUUGUGCUGACACGUUGGAGAAAGCCGAGCGUUUUGAAUUGCUUGGACAUUUGUAUCGUUUGAUAGUUCCUAUGUAUGAAGCAAAAAGAAAUUACGAAGCUUUGGCAAAUUGCUACUCACAUUUGGCGCAAGCCUGCAAUAAAAUCGUGGAAGUCACUCGAUCUGGGAAGAGAUUACUUGGGAGAUUUUAUAGAAUAGCGUUCUUUGGCACGGCAUAUUUUGAGGAAGAGACUGGCCAAGAGUACAUCUAUAAGGAGCCAAAAGUAACGUCGUUAUCUGAAAUAUCGGAACGUUUGUUGCGUUUAUACAGUGAAAAGUUCGGACCUGAGAAUGUUAAGAUGAUUAUGGACUCUGUACCGGUCGAUGUGAGCGAGUUGGAUCCCAAGAUAGCAUAUAUUCAAGUCACGCACGUAAUUCCGUACUUUGAAAAGCCCGAGUUGGAAGUACGACAGACUGAGUUUGAGCAAAAUCAUAAUGUGUCUUGUUUUAUGUUCGAGACGCCCUUCACGAAGGAGGGUAAAGCAAGAGGUAGCCCGGAAGAUCAAUGGAAACGCAGAACCAUUCUUACAACACAAUAUUCCUUCCCGUAUGUGAAGAAGCGCAUUGGGAUUGCCGAGAAACGGAUAGUGGAGCUCAGUCCUAUCGAAGUAGCUUUGGAUGAAAUGAGGCAACGCGUUCAAGAAUUGGAGGACGUAGCUUUGAUUGCACCAACCGAUGUAAAGAAACUACAAUUACGUCUUCAAGGUAGUAUUUGUGUGACGGUAAAUGCCGGUCCUCUGGCUUAUGCCUCGGCGUUCCUGGAUCCCGCAUUGUCUCCACAAUAUCCUGACGACAAAGUAGAGGAACUGAAAGAUGUCUUUAGAGAAUUUGUCAAGAUAUGUUACACAGCAUUACAAAUUAAUAGCAAACUAAUCACGCCGGACCAACAUGAGUACCAAGAAGUUUUGCGCGAGAACUAUCAGAAAUUGUGCCAGAGCUUGUCGUCCUUGCUCGGAGAACCAAUAUGGCCAGACGAGCAAGUAGGAAGCUUCAAACGUAAUAGUGCUGCUUUGUUCAGUGCCAUCAGUGGCGCUAACAAUCACACUAGUACAGCCUAAGUCAAUAAUUUUAGAAUAUCCAUUCAACAGACCUCAAAUUUUACUUUUUUCUAGUGUGAUAUGUUUAAGGGCCUUCCAAGCUCAAAAUAUUUCUCCACGCAGGACAGUAUCUUUUAGCAGUAAACUUAUAUUAAUUUCAUAAUUUUUGGCCUAACAAGAGACUCUCAAGUUACUGCCAAAUUUGUUUAACCAAAGGAAUGACGUGUGAUGUCAUAGAAAAAUUCUAAUUGGAGAAUUUAUGAAUGGAUUAUGUAUACUUUUUUUUUUCUUAGUCGUUGAAUGAGAAAUUCAGCCAAGUCAAAGAACUGCUUCUACUUAUCAAGCCUAUCGUGUCAAUGUCGUAGUUUAAUAAGUUGCGAUUUAACUAGUAGAAUAAGUUGGGUGUUAAAGACCCACCAGGGCAUUUAUAUAGUAUAUCUAUAACGAGUGAAAAAGUUACUAGUACAUCUAACAUCAACUCUUUCACUAUGGCUAGCGUUAGUCCACAAUACAUCCAUAUUUAUGAUGUCCGUGUAUAAUCGGCUUUACAAGGAAAGAUAUAUCUAACGACGAAAGUAACAGAACGAAAGGUGAGAUUGGCUGUUUGCAUUACGUGAAAGAUUAAGUAUAAGUCGACUAGACUCUUAUCGUGUUUCCAUUAAACUUUUUCAACUGUUUUUUUUUAACAUUUAACUAAUUCACACGAGAUUGAAUUAUUGCUUCUGCUUAAGCAUUAUCUUUUAUGACUGAUACAAUCAAAGGUUGCCCCUCACCUGUGAGAAUAAAAUCUACGAACAUAUUUUUGUCUAUUGUCUGUGUUGCAAUAUGUAUAGUAUUGAUGAUUUGUCGUAUAUGUAUUAACUGUUUGAGAGAGUAUCACGAUGGUUGCAGGAUAUGUUCGAAAAGUGCGCGAUCGCGCUUCUGCUAUUUCAUGUCUGCUGUUUCCGACUUUCAUUUACUUUUCACCAAAGAAUUGUGAUAAAAAUACGUAUGUCAAAGUCAGACUUUGGUAAAACCUCUUAAGUUACAUUGACAGUGCGCUACAAUAGAAUCUGAGCACACUUUCAAUGCACACUUUCAGAGGGCAUUUUUAGCGGCGAUUUGGGGCUGGCACUUUUGAAACAGAGUAGCGUGAUCGCGCGAUGCUGUGAAUAUGUAUGUAUGUGUGUGUGUGUGGCACUCAACAGUUAAGACACUUUGUGUAAAAAUUGAUUUGUACAUAAAUGUAUAAUUUCUCGCAUACUUAUGCGCUGUGUAAAGAGUCGACGAGUUUUAGAAUAUCGUAGAACCCUAAAUCGACUGAAGAAAAAAUCGUAUAGAUCCUUUGAUACAAAUUAUCGAAUACUUUAUGCCACAUUACGAUCGAGCUUGUGUGCGCGUUUAUACUACUGGUGAUGCAAAGUCUAGUUUGUAUGGAUUGAGUAACUCUUAUAUGACGUUUAUCGGAAUUUAUAGGAAAUCGAAUGAAAGUUUGUUUAUAUUAUAGAGGGGAGGAAGCGCUGUAGCAUCAGGUGGCUACGCUUUACUGACAGAAACCGAUCCGACCACUUUGAUACCUUGCGAACACGCACAAAGUAUUGUUAUUACAUUUUGGUAAUUAUUUGUGAAGUGAGGCGUGAAAUUUUAUAAACUGAGAAUGCGAGAGAGUACAUACGUGUAAAUUCAUUUAUUAUCCGUGAAGACGUACCGAUGCGGGUAUCGGACUGUAGUCUAGCGAUAUAUAGCUUUAAGCACAAAUGUUCAAAAAUAAAUAUGUGACAGAGACA